CAAUGGUAUCCAAAACUUUAUUUGCUCUUUUGGCUAUUCUCAUUUGUGCCCAUAAUGUUCUGGGCAUAACUAUUAUCUCAAAAAGGAAUGGGGUGGUGCUCCUGCCACCAGCAAGACUUCAUUGGCUAAUGGUUUGGCUUAUGCUGUUAUACAUCACACCGAGGGAUCCUACUGCUCUACCAAGGCCAGCUGUAUGCAACAAAUGCGUAAUAUUCAACACUAUCAUCAAAAAACUUUGGGUUGGGCUGAUAUUGGUUACAACUUUUUGAUCGGUGGUGAUGGCAAUAUUUAUGAAGGUCGUGGCUGGAAUGUAUUGGGUGCUCAUGCCUCCAACUGGAACUCGAAAUCUAUUGGUAUCUCCUUCAUGGGCAAUUAUCAUAAGGAUAAACCUACUGCUGCUCAAAUUGCCGCUGCUAAGAGUUUGUUGGCUGCUGCUGUUUCUCGUGGUCAAAUUAAGUCAGGUUAUAUUUUGUAUGGUCAUCGUCAAGUUGGUAAUACUGAUUGUCCCGGUAAUAACUUGUAUGCUGAGAUCAAGAAAUGGUCUAACUGGAAGGCUUAAGUUUGAAGAGAAGUUUUUCUUAUAAUUGAAUAAAAAAAAAAAUAAAUAAUUAUAUAUGCAUGAUUAAAAAAA